AGUUCCGGCGGCGGUGCUCGCGCAAGUAGAGCGGGCUCCCGGCACUUGACAUGGCGGUAGCAGCGGCAACUGCAGCGACCAGGGGGAAUGGGGGUGGUGGGAGCCGGGCCGGGGCCGGCGAAGCCAGCAGCGCGCGGAAGAAGAGGGGCCCGGGGCCUCUGGCCACGGCGUACCUGGUCAUCUACAAUGUAGUGAUGACGGCGGGGUGGCUUGUUAUAGCUGUUGGUCUGGUCAGAGCAUACCUGGCUAAGGGUAGCUAUCAUAGCCUUUAUUAUUCCAUUGAAAAGCCUUUGAAAUUCUUCCAAACUGGAGCCUUAUUGGAGAUUUUACAUUGUGCAAUAGGAAUUGUUCCCUCUUCUGUGGUCCUGACUUCUUUCCAGGUGAUGUCAAGAGUUUUUCUAAUAUGGGCAGUAACACAUAGUGUCAAAGAGGUGCAGAGUGAAGACAGUGUCCUCCUGUUUGUUAUUGCCUGGACAAUCACAGAAAUUAUCCGUUACUCCUUUUAUACAUUCAGUCUAUUAAACCAUCUGCCUUACCUCAUCAAAUGGGCCAGGUACACGCUUUUCAUUGUGCUGUACCCAAUGGGAGUGGCAGGAGAAUUGCUCACAAUAUAUGCUGCUUUGCCCUUUGUCAGACAGGCUGGCCUGUACUCCAUCAGUUUACCCAACAAAUACAAUUUCUCCUUUGACUAUUAUACAUUCCUAAUUCUGAUAAUGAUCUCCUACAUUCCACUUUUUCCCCAGUUGUAUUUCCACAUGAUACACCAGAGAAGAAAGGUCCUUUCUUAUACUGAAGAACACAAGAAAUUUGAAUAGUUCCUAUUUCCUGCACCCCUCCAAAAAAACACAAACUUUUCAAUGACAAAAAAAUGCUGCAGACUUUUUGAGUCCCCAGUACGUUUCAUAGAAAAUAAGUAAGGACUAUUUUUAAAAUACUAAAAUAAUAAAAUAAAACAAAAACCAAAAUCCAGUGUCAUACGGGCCUGGGAUUUUAUAAAACAAAACAAAAAGCUGUUGCAUAAAACACCCUGGCCAGUCCAUUCCGCAUGCUUUUUCAACCGGAAGUUCCCAAUAUUUAUGAUGGCAUUAGAAAGGGAUUUGGUGUUUUAUAUCCUCCUGUUUCCUUCAUGUAGCUGAUAAAUAAAGAUCUAUAGCACUGCAUACUUGAGAGGUACAGUCUGAGUAAUGAAGUUGUACCGACAGAAUGCCCGGCUUGCAGUAGAGCUCUGUUUCAGUCUGCAGCGCGUUUAGCUUUCCCUUUGCAAAGUGCUUGACUGCAUGCUGGAAACUAUUUGUAUUUUUGAAGCGGCAAACUUUGUCCUCUGGAAUGCUCUGAAGUUAUGGCUGGGACCUUUCCCCUCAUAUCUAGUGAAUGAAAUAUACAGUGUAUAUGUCUGUGAAGCUCUGGGGUAAUAAUACCCAUAAUCAGAAAACAACUAGAACCCUUUUGUUUGUUUUCAGUUGAGCCAUUACUGCCUGCCACUGAGAAAUGAGCUUGAAUUUAAUACGUAUAUGCACAUUGUAGAGAACCUACCUUAUCUGGGGCUCAGCCUCACUCGUAUUUUAGCAAAAUGUCAGUUGAGAAAAGGAGAGCUCCAUUACUAGUCAGUGACAAGCACCUUUCACAGUUCUAUUCUCAGAGCCCCUCUGAGUAAUGUAUUUGCCAAGAGCUAUUCUCAUUUAUGGACCUGAAACCAGUCUCGUCACAUAGAAGCAGAGAAUCUGUUCUUGAAAACACAUAGAAGGUGCUAUUUGAGAAAUGUAGUCCGAAAGAACAUUCAGGAAUAGGUUUCUGCACCCUUAGUUUUUGUUUUUUAAUUUUUCAUUCAGUUCUAUUUGGAUACUUUUCCUAAUUGUGGUCCUAUGAGACUCCCACCAAGUUGUAAGUCCAGAGGCAGUGAAAUGUUCCCGUUGGGCAGUCAUGAGCCAAAAGCAGUAUCACCCUGCAUGUUGGAGCAGCCAAGAAGUACUUGGGUCAUAUGGACAUUGUCCACCUAACACCAUGUCUUUAUACCAUUUAAUUGCUCAACUGUGCGUUUAAGACGCUUCAAGAAAGGGUUGGAUGAAAACAUAAAGCCCAAGUUUAGACAUGCAUUAAAUUUUACACACAGGAUGUUCUUUGUGGAACCAUUUUUUUCCCUUUUUUCUUUAAUUGGUUAGUCUUUAAAACCUUUAAAAGUCUAGCUUACUAGCUUACCAAGUAGAUAUUUAAAAUAUAAUUGCUAAUAUCAGAAGAGUGUCAUAAUGGAAAACUAAAUUUUUAAAUGCUUAUUUUCAUAGAGGCUUGAAAAUGAGAAGAAAAUAUGUAGCUAAAAAUUUAAUGCAGGCAGAUGUGUAAUGAGUUAUUUUUGAAUUGAACAUUAAAAUUCUGCUUCUAAAAGUCAGCACUCUUAAUCUCGGCAUAUUGGAAUUAUAAUCUGUUCUUGUACUUGAUAAACAAAACAUGUGGGAAAGAUUUGUCAUGCUUUUUCUCUUUUUAUUGGUCUAAAAUAUAUUUCUCCUGUAAAAUAUAAUCAAUUUGGGUUAUAUUAGCCUUAUUACUUAAUUUGAAUAAGUUUUUUUCAGUCUUUAGAAUAGUUACAGAAGAUGGGAUGAAAAAUGCAGGUUUUCAGGAUUGCUGGAUUGGUUUUAUUCGGGUCUCUAGUAUAAUGUCACAAUUUAUGAAAAACAGUCUGUCGCAAACAGUGGUAUUACAUCAAAUUGAACUUUGGCAACAAGAACACAGUAAACAAAUCCCUUCUGAAAAAGGGUCUCAACCCCAGUGUUUAUUUUUGUACAUCAAACAUUUAAAAUGUUUAUGGCAGAUAAGUAAGGCAUGCCACUGUGUCCCUCAGUCACCUUUCUCAGUAACUGGUUUCUUUAUGUCUAACAUGAAUGAAUUUUUCCUUUGAAGUGGUGGCAUUCUUUUAUGAAUUGAGACCAUCUAACCCACCAAAUGUCCCGUCUUCUUACAAAGUGUGAAUAAGGAAGGUGGUAGUUGGUGGGUCUUUUGUCAGACCUACCAUAUUCAUUUCAGGGCGUAGUCAAAGGCACCAGCUGCCCGGCUGCCCUCCUGACAGGGUGUUUUAGAUCCUCGCUUUGGGGACCACCUUCUGGCACAAUUCUGUGAGAUACACAGGGUUUUGUGGGCACAAGCUGCUAACCUGCAUCUUGCUGUGUUCUGUUUGCCAACGUUGGGAUCGUUCAUUUAAUACAUACUGCCUAUUCUCAAAAGCCCCCGGGGAGAGUCAUUCAUGGAAUAAAGGGCCUCCCAGACUAGAACGUUCCUCUGGACUGAGCUUCCAACCGGAGAUGUAGCAUUAAAGAGGCAUGUGAAGAGGUUGUGCCCUCGUUUCCACUUGUGCUUUUGGUUAUUCAUUUGUAAUAAAAGGUUGGCAUUGAUGUGGUACAACCUACAAAUUAUUUUCAAUUCUGAGUUUCAGAUAAAACAUCAAAAUCAGUACAUACUGCUCCUUUGAAAUUUGGGUAAAAAAUUGUACACCCGUAUAUAUAGUCAUUUUUGUAUUUUUUCUAUGUUGUGAAAACCAAAAUUGUAAUUUUAUAAGUCUUUGAUUCACUAAAAUUCUAUAAUUUAAAUGUAUUUUUUGUAUAUUUAGAAAUAAGGAGUUCAAAGACUAUGCUUAACUUUCUAUGCAUGCAUUUGGAAGCUGUUUUUACCUGAUAAUGUUAAUGUAGUAAUAAGUUGUAUUCAUAAAAUACUGAUCUGUGUUGCAUUUCACAAUAAACUGGUGUGUGCUCUGCCUGGAUUUGAAAUACUGA